CCACAGGUGGGUAGAGUAGCCAAAUACUCUACUCAAAUAAGAGUAUAUAUUACCUUAGGAUGAAUAUUAUACGUUACGCCGUCACUGUGGCUUCAUAGCAGCUAGCAGCUAGCUCUCUUGGAAACAUUGGCGAGGGAGCAUUCUGGAGAAGACUCUUCCAGACUUCGUGACAAUCGUGAGACAAACGCCAUGGUGGGCUACAAGAACCAAUAUAUGCUGUGUGCUUUCCCAUCCCACGAUCAGAUAAUUCGACGUGUUGCAUCUGGUGUGGCGUACAAUCAAGUUACAAGGUGUGGCCCUGGCUUUGAUACUACCACUGAAGGUGGGAGCAGCGCUUGGGAAAAUGCAGGCUGCCUGAAAAGGACUAUGCUAACUGACCGUGGCCAGGCUCUUCCCGACCUGGUCCCUGGGAGGCUGUCAGCAUCACCCGCCUCACCUCCCUGCAUCCCAACCAGCAGACGCUGAAUGGCACCGGCCUUUUUCACGCUCACCCGCGGCUCCUGACCACCACCGAGGCGUCAACAAAAUCCCGCUAAAAACCACCAGACUUACAACGCCAGCUAAUUCGUGCGACCAUGGCAACCAACAGGGAGCAUCAACUGCGUCAUAUGGCUGGCUUCCCUCGCACCAUGUACCCUUUCCCCUUCAACGCCAUGAGGAGCCACUCCCCCUUUGACCUGCUGGCCAGCAGCAACCUUUUUGGUCGCUUUGGGGCAGACCUUCCCAAAGAGAUGGCGGCGUUGUCCGUGGAGACCCAGAGCACCAGCUCGGAGGAGAUGGUGCCCAGCUCGCCUUCUCCUCCGCCGCCACCUCGCGUCUACAAGCCCUGCUUCGUGUGCCAGGACAAGUCGUCUGGAUACCACUAUGGAGUCAGCUCCUGCGAGGGCUGCAAGGGUUUCUUCCGGCGCAGCAUCCAAAAGAACAUGGUGUACACGUGCCACAGAGACAAGAACUGCCAGAUCAACAAGGUGACCCGCAACCGCUGUCAGUACUGCCGGUUGCAAAAGUGCUUCGAGGUGGGCAUGUCCAAAGAGGCGGUGCGAAACGACAGGAACAAGAAGAAGAAGGAUGUGAAAGAGGAGGCGGUGCUGCCCGAGAACUACGAGCUGAGCGGUGAGCUGGAGGAGCUCGUCAACAAAGUCAGCAAAGCUCACCAGGAGACGUUUCCGUCGCUGUGCCAGCUGGGCAAAUACACCACAAACUCGAGCUCUGACCACAGAGUCCAGCUGGACUUGGGCCUGUGGGACAAGUUCAGCGAGCUGUCCACAAAGUGCAUCAUCAAGAUUGUGGAGUUUGCCAAGCGACUACCAGGCUUCACCACGCUAACCAUCGCCGACCAGAUCACCCUCCUCAAGUCUGCUUGUCUGGACAUCCUGAUGCUGAGGAUAUGCACGCGCUACACCCCCGAGCAAGACACCAUGACCUUCUCCGAUGGCCUGACCCUAAACAGAACCCAGAUGCAUAACGCCGGUUUCGGCCCGCUCACAGACCUUGUGUUCGCCUUCGCCGGGCAGCUGCUGCCUUUGGAGAUGGACGACACCGAGACGGGCCUCCUCAGCGCCAUUUGCCUCAUUUGCGGAGACCGCAUGGACCUGGAGGAACCCGAGAAGGUGGACAAGCUGCAGGAGCCGCUGCUGGAGGCCUUGAAGAUUUACACACGCCGCCGACGCCCAAACAAGCCUCACAUGUUCCCUCGCAUGCUGAUGAAAGUCACCGACCUGCGGGGAAUCAGCACCAAAGGUGCAGAGAGAGCCAUCACACUAAAGAUGGAGAUCCCCGGCCCCAUGCCACCGCUCAUCAGGGAGAUGCUGGAAAACCCGGACGCCUUUGAGGACAGCAGUGACUCGGCGGAAAGCCCCGCCCCCACCGCCGCCGGACCGCCGGCGCCGCCGCCGCCCGCCGUUCAGGCCAUCAAGCAGGAGGAGAAGUCCACGUACGAGUCGGCGGUGGAGGAGGAAGAGGAGGACGAGGACGACGACUACUGGGACGAGGACAGGGAGCGCUUGGCGGACAGUGAUGCCGAGCCGUGGGGGGACGUGGCGGCGGGGGGGUCCGGCGCGCACAAGAAAAGCGGGACAACACAGUAGGACGCUUCCUCAUCCUCACACCAUCAGGCUCUUAUAAAAGAAUUGCAAAGUUUACAGGGAGUGAGGGACGAAGCAAAAGCACUCAACAAGCGACUCAUUGUGGUCCAUGGUGACAGGAGGGAGGUGAUGAGGAGGGUGGGGGGGGUGCUCGAGGAAUGUCCCCCUCCUCAGGAAAAGGGCUACGCUUGUAUAGAAAACAUCUCUUUUUUUUUUUUGUUACAAGAAUUGCUACUUAUACUUUCUUAAUGUAUGAUGUAUUGUCUCAGCUCUUUGUCUAUUUUCUUCACUGCGUGUGUUUUGUUUUGUUUUUUUUAAAGCGCUAAAAUGACGCAUCGUGAGAGCAGGACUCCAACUUCCAAUCGUCUUCCAGGUGGUCAAAAGCUUCUCAUAACAAGCAAUAGUGAUUUUUUUUUUUUUUUCCACAUGAACAGGGAUGGGAAUCAAGAACAAUUUCCCAGCAAUUCCAUUCAUAGGAAUCGUUUUGUUUGCUUCCCUCACAAUUCCGCUUAUCGAAUUGAAUGACAUCAAACGCAACAUCUACCGGUAUAUAUAUUUUUGGGAAGAUUUCCAACAUGAAGUCAAGGCAGAAGCACUGUAAAGUUUGGCUAUAUUUCACGCUAAAAGAUGAUAUUGAGAAGUACUCGUAAAGCUUUAAUUUGGGUCAAGGAGAAAGGAGAAAACAUAUGAACUGUCUCAUCUCUUGGAAAUAAACUCGAGAUGCUUGAUCAGAGCACGGUUGCGCUUGUGCUUGUCUUUAGAAGAACCGGAAUUUAAAAAUGAUCAUCGAUUCCCAUCCCUAGACAUGAAUGUCAUCCAAAUGUGAUUUUAAGACAAAAACAAUAAUUCCCAGCUCAAAGAUGAAACCAUGUAUGUGAUGUCAGUCUGGAAAACAACUGGGAAUUUAUUCAAUCUCCUUGUACUUGUACAGUCUCUGUCCUCACCGUUGGGGCAAUUUUGGCUUGAGCUGGCCCAUGAAGGAUUUCGGCUAAAUCCUCAAACAGUUUUCCUUAAUGUCAGCCCUCAAUAUUGCGGGACAUAAAGACAAAUCCUGCAUUGCAUAACCGAGAGGACAAAGUGAAGCCAUAGAGAUGCCCCAGCAAUUAUUCUGAACUUUUUACAUCACAGCAAUCCUCAGGUGUGUUUUUUUUCUUCUUGUGUUAAAAAAAAAAAAAAAACCUGAUUAUUACUAAUUAUAUAGUCUGACUUUAACCCAGCAACCAU